UUUCUUCUGCUGGUUUGAAUUGCAGAUUCUACGUAGGCUAACAGACCAGAUCUUCUUCUUCAUCUUCAUUGCCUCCUUGACCUAAAGAUAUUGACAAAUAAUAGAUCUGAUAGAAAAUGGAAGAUAAUGAGCUCCGAAAAUGGGACAGUGAAGAUUUAGCCACGGUGCGAAUCAAAGUACUUCAAGGCCAUUCAGAAAGUGUGAAUAGUUGCCAGUUCAUUCAGAAUACUCAGAAAAUAUUCAGUGCUUCAGAGGACUGCAGCAUUCGUCUCUGGAACUUUAGAACAGGCAAAUGCAUUCAGACUUAUGACAAUCUGCAUGAAGUGAACAUCCCACAAGCUCACUCAUUGCCUGAUGGAUCAAAGUUUCUUACCUGUGGAUGGGACAAAAAGCUCAAACUUUGGGAUGCUGAGACUGGGCAAUGCAUUCUUGAGAAGACACAUGAAGAUUUCUUGACAUGUUGUCAAGUGUCCCAUGAUGAAAAAAUGAUUGCCUGUGGAUCUGAUCUGGGAAAAGCUUUAAGAGUUUAUGACUUACAGAGUGGUGAAUGUAUUUUUGAUUGCAAAGGAUUACACGAGAGUUCAAUAACGAGCUGCAAGUUUGCCCCGGCAGACGACAAAGUUAUCACAACCUCCAUGGACAGAUCAGCAAAAUUUUUUGACCUUGUUACUGGCACCCCAACAAUCAAACUGGUCGGACACACAAAUAUUGUUUCUAGCUGUUCCAUCACUAGUGAUGAAAGAAAGUUUGCUACAGCAUCCUGGGAUAAAAGUGUCCUGCUCUGGGAUGUGGCAACUGGAAUGUACAGAUCUCAAGGACCCUCUGCUCUGAAAGGUGCACAUGACGGAUCUAUCAGCUGCUGCAGCUUCAGUGCCGAUGGACUGUUCCUUGUCACUGGAUCUUAUGACUUAAGUGUUGUAGUGUGGGAUGUGGAGAACAGUGUACAGAAAAUGAAACUUCAGGGUCAUUUUGGCUGGAUAAAUGACAUCUGCUUCAGUGAAGAUCAAGACUGGUUACUAUCCUGUUCAAAGGACAAAACAGUUCGUCUCUGGAACAUUGCGGAUUCAGACAAGAUUCCAAUUGUUUUGGAGAACAAGAAAGCCCAGGGUGUCAAGGUUAUCAAGUGCUCCAAGUGUGCCAAACCAUUCUCCAUGUCCCAGCUAGAGAGCUUCCGAGAUGUGACCGUCUGUGUCUUUUGCCGUCUUGCAAGUCCGGAGAAGUCAUGGCUUAGUUUUAGUGAGACGUCAGAACAAAGUGCUUGAAGUAUUCUGCUGGACAUAAAUCUCAUCGUAGACUUUACUUGCAUCUUAUCUGUACGUCAUUGUUAAAGUAUGACUGAUGAAUUUCAAUGAUUUGCUUCAACAGUUAUUUUUGUAUUGGGAUUUUUAUCAACUAGCCCAAUGCCCUACACUCAAAGAUCUUGUACUACUCAGCUUUCGUAACAAAGACAGAUGUGCAAGCUUAACCCAUGAACAGUUGACAGAAGAGAGAGGAUUGGCUGAUUAGGUGUCAGUGUUAGGCCGGUCCAAGAAUGGCUCUGUAGGUCUGACCUGUAGCUCGCCCCAUGCAAAGGAACGUAUACAUUAUCGUGUGCCUGAGCAGCGUCGCUGUAUGGUCUGUCUAUUGUCCUCUGAGCUGCAAGACGCGUCAGACAUGCUAUUCAACAGUGUUGUAAAACAUGUCGGACAUGUGUCGCACGCAGCCUCGCUCCCUUUUUAUUUUUGACUGAAAUUCUUCACAGAUCAUCAAAAUCAGCAAGAAGUAUUAUUAGGUGCCUCUACUAUUACUAUUAGAUAUUGAUCUAACACUUGACCACAAAAUCCCAAGAAAUGCACUUUAUCCUACAUUAAAAUUUUGAAUCGAGAGGUUGACCUAGUUUUGACUGUUUGUUUACAUUCAUAGGCCUGUGUGCUUCUAGUCUAGAGAGGCUGUGCUGACAUGCAGAGGGCGCUUACUCAGACACAGAAGCCAACGCAGUGUGGCUGUGCUGUCACGCUGACGGCGUGCGCUUGACGAGCUACAGGUCAGACCUACAGAGCCUCUCUAGGACCAACCUUAGAGUGUUGUAUGAUCGCUCAUUGGUGAGGCCUGUCUUGAGAGAAUUUUCAUCAUUAGCACUGAAGGAGCUAAAGUGUUGAAAAAUUAAAGCCUCCACAAUAGCAAGUAUUUUACCUACCAGCAUUGAUUACUGCAACGGGUCGACAGAAAGAGAAGUAACACUGAAACCAGAAUAGGAUUGUAGUGCCAAUGCCUCUCAUCAGCAAGCUCAAAAAGCCAAUGAAAUAAUCAACAACUCUUUAACAUCAUCAGUAUUAAGUUGUAUGUUUAUUACAGUAAUACAUGUACAAAUAAUAUGCCGGGCUAUUCUUUGCAUCACUGUGAUAAUGUAAUAAAUGUUUGCUACACAAA